AAAAUUUAAUCACAACUAAAUUAAAAAUACUUAUUAAUUUAAAAUCUAUCUAAUUUAUUACAAAUCUCUCUCCAAAGAUUCAUCAAACCCAAAAAUCCCCAAUACACACACUUCCCCUGUUCUUCUUCCUCUGAAUCUACUCCCAAUUCUCACUCCUCUCUCUCUGUGAACCGUUUUCACUCCGGAUUAGCAAGUUUGGAUUGUAGUGGUGGAGAUAAGAGGAGUCUGGGAUCUGGGUUGAUGAUGGUUAAGUCAUUGCAGCCAUCUGUGAUGGUUGAUGAGAGGAGGUUGAGCUUGGAUUUAGGCAAUGCAAAGCAAAACCCAGAUGCCAAUUCGGUGAUUGAAUAUUCUCUUACUGGUGAUCUCACUGUAUCUGAUAGUGAUAGUGUUUCCUCUGGUAGCACUUUAGGAUUGCAUGAAUUAGGUAGUGGGAUUUCCAAAGGAAAAAAGGGGCUCGUGGCAUUUUUAUUUCUGCAAGGUUUUGGCAAGAAACAAAUAGCAGGUUGAGGCGCUUGCAGGAUCCAGGUUCACUAUUACCAACUAGUCCUAAUUCCAGAAUGAGCAUUUCAUCAAAAACCAGUCAAUCAAAAAGAUUUGGUGUUGAUGGUACAGGGACAUCCCAGAACUAUUGCUUCUUCAAUUAUUAGGGGAGCCACGGGGCCUGCCUCGCCUACUAAGCUUUGGACACCUACGGCUUCGUCUCCAUCACGAGGGAUUUCUAGUCCUUCAAGGGUGAGACCCAUGAGUAGUUAUCCUGGUAGUACACCUUCAAUUCUUAGUUUCUCAGUUGAUUUAAGGAGAGGGAAGAUGGGGGAGGAUCGAAUUGUUGAUGCACGUAUGUUGAGGCUUCUGUACAACCGUUACUUGCAAUGGCGGUUUGUAAAUGCAAGGGCAGAUGCUUCCUUCUUGUUGCAUAGACUAAAUGCAGAGAAAAUUUUUUGGAAUGUAUGGGUGACCAUCACAGAACUACAGCACUCUGUCAUUCUUAAAAGGAUCAAGUUACUUUUGCUGAGACAAAAGUUAAAGCUAACUUCUAUCUUCAAGGGACAAGAUCGGACCCGAGGGACCGAGGAGGCCAGUAGUGCUAGCAGUUGCAGAGUCAGUCAGCGUCUGCCAGAGUGUUGCAGGUUUGAGGUUGAUCGGGAAGUCUCAAGAGCAGAUGUUAUGCUUUUGUAAUAGUUAUAGAUUAGUACUGUUAGUAUGGACAUGAUGUAAUGUAACUGAGUUAUUGUAAUGUAAAGUUAAUUGGAGUUAUGUUUAUUGGAU